GAAGGCUCUGCACCCUCCUGGCCAGGGCCUGAGAAGGACCUUAUUUAGAGAAACGGUCCGGGAAAUGAGCAGCAACCAGCUCAGCCUGGAGCCGAGUGUCCCCAGCAUCUCCCAGCUGCAGAAGCAUCCCUGCUAUGGCCUCCUAGAACUGGCGGGAGGGCAUGGAGGAGACAAGCCUGAGAAACAGGAGAGAGGAUGAGAGGUCCGUCCAGAGUAUUCAGAGUAAGGAACACAAGACCACAAGUCUCCAGAAGGAGGUGGGCCUGCUCAGCGGCAUCUGCAUCAUCGUGGGCACCAUCAUCGGCUCUGGGAUCUUCAUCUCCCCCAAGUCUGUGCUCAGCAACACGAAUGCUGUGGGGCCCUGUCUCAUCAUCUGGGCAGCCUGUGGCGUCCUUGCAACACUGGGGGCCCUGUGCUUUGCAGAGCUUGGUACAAUGAUCACCAAGUCCGGGGGCGAGUACCCUUACCUGAUGGAGGCCUUCGGGCCCAUCCCCGCCUACCUCUUUUCCUGGACCAGCCUGUUCGUCAUCAAGCCCACAUCCUUUGCCAUCAUCUGCCUCAGCUUCUCCGAGUAUGUCUGUGCGCCCUUCUACUCAGGCUGCAAGCCCCCCGAGGUUGUUGUGAAGUGCCUGGCUGCCGCUGCCAUCUUGCUCAUCACCACAGUGAACUCACUGAGUGUGCGGCUGGGGAGCUACGUCCAGAACGUGUUCACGGCAGCCAAGCUGGUGAUUGUGGCCGUCAUCAUCAUCAGCGGCCUGGUCCUCCUGGCCCAAGGAAAUACAAGGAAUUUUGAGAAUUCUUUUGAGGGCGCUAAACUAUCUGUGGGAGCCAUCAGUCUGGCAUUUUAUAAUGGACUCUGGGCGUACGAUGGAUGGAAUCAACUCAAUUACAUCACAGAAGAACUUAGAAACCCUUUCAGAAACCUGCCCUUGGCCAUCAUCAUCGGGAUCCCGCUGGUGACAGGCUGCUACAUUCUCAUGAAUGUUUCCUACUUCACUGUGAUGACGCCCACCGAGCUCCUGCAGUCACAGGCGGUGGCCGUGACAUUUGGCGACCGUGUUCUCUAUCCGGCCUCUUGGGUGGUGCCACUCUUCGUGGGCUUUUCCACCAUAGGUGCCGCCAAUGGGACCUGCUUCACGGCGGGCAGACUUGUGUACGUGGCGGGCCGGGAAGGCCAUAUGCUCAAAGUGCUCUCCUACAUCAGCGUCAAGCGCCUGACUCCAGCCCCUGCCAUCAUCUUUUAUGGUAUCAUAGCGACGAUUUAUAUCAUCCCUGGUGACAUAAACUCACUGGUCAAUUACUUCAGUUUUGCCGCGUGGCUGUUUUAUGGCCUGACAAUUCUGGGAUUGGUGGUGAUGAGGUUUACAAAGAAAGACCUGGAAAGGCCUAUCAAGGUGCCCAUUGUCAUCCCCAUCCUGGUGACCAUCGUAUCCGCGUUUCUGGUCGUGGCCCCGAUCAUCAGCGAGCCUGCGCUGGAGUAUCUCUACUGUGUAUUAUUUAUACUGAGCGGCCUGAUAUUUUACUUCCUCCUUGUCCACUAUAAGUUUGGAUGGGCUCAGAGAAUCUCGAAGCCGGUCACCAUGCAGCUCCAGAUGCUGAUGGAAGUUGUGCCCCCGGAGGAGGCUCCAGAGUAAUAAAAUCGGCCUCCCGCAGCCAAGGCCAAGCCGCCGUGAAUUUAUUUUUGUAAGCCAUGUUUGUUGCUGUUUCUUCCUGAUGUUUUUCCUUAAGAAAAAAAUGUAUUCA